AUGGAGGCGUCCCGAAAAUCACCUAAGAAGACCAAGGUUCUUGAUCUGUCUGCAUAUUGGUUUGGAUUUCUUGAAAUAAGUUUUCCCAGGGAGGCCGCAGCAGUAGUAGGACGAGGAGGAGGAAGCAGCACCACGCUGCGGAUACUAGUGGCGACCGACUGCCACCUCGGCUAUCUCGAGAAGGACGAGCUACGCAGGUCCGACUCCUUCGACACCUUCGAGGAGAUCUUCUCACUGGCAGAGCAACAUAAGGUGGAUUUCGUGCUUCUUGGUGGCAAUCUGUUCCACGAGAACAAUCCGUCGCGCUCGACGCUGGUGAAGACGAUUGAGAUCCUGAGGCGCUGCUGCCUGGGUGACCGGCCGGUGCAGUUUCAGGUGGUCAGUGAUCAGGCAACAAGCCUGCAGAACUUGUUCGGUCGGGUGAAUCACGGAGACCCAAACAUCAACAUCAGCUUGCCCGUGUUCACCAUACAUGGCGACCAUGAUGAUCCUACAGGAGUGGAUAACAUGUCCGCAAUAGAUGUUCUUGCCUCGGCUGGUUUUGUGAAUUAUUUUGGAAAGGUGGAUCUUGGCAGUUCUGAUGUUGAUGAAAUGUCACUUCAUCCUAUACUUAUCAAAAAGGCCGCAACAGCUGUCGCACUAUACGGCCUAGGGAAUGUCAGGGAUACAAGAUUGAGAGAGAUGUUUCAAACACCAGGUGCAAUAAAGUGGAUUAACCAUGAAAGUCCAGAAGAUAUGCCAUUAUCUAACUGGUUCAACAUUAUGAUUCUUCAUCAGAACAGGAGAACGGCGAGUCCUGACAAUGGCAUCACCGAAUAUCUUUUGCCACAUUCUUUAGACUUGGUAAUUUGGGGCCACGAGCAUGAAAGCAUUGCAGAUCCACAGGAGGUUCCAGGUAUGGGUUUUCACAUCACACAACCAGGAUCUACAAUUACCACAUCACUCACUAGUGCCGAAGCAACCCAAAAGCAUGUGCUUUUGUUGGAAAUAAAGGGAAUGAAAUACAGGCCAACUAAAAUACCUUUGAAGACUGUUAGACCAUUCGAAUAUGCUGAGGUUGUGUUAGAAGAACAAGAGGAUGUUGACCCGAACGACGAAUGGACGGUUCACGCACAUUUGGAUAAAGUUGUGGAAAAUCUUAUUGAGAAGAACAAUAGAAAAACAGGCAGUGGAUCAGAGCCCAAACUUCCACUUGUUAGGAUAAAGGUGGACUACUCUGGAUUUUCGACUAUAAACCCGCAUCGGUUUGGUCAAAAGUAUGUUGGGAAGGUCGCAAAUCCCCAAGACGUUAUUGUUUUCUCAAAAUCAGCGAAAAGACGUCAAAAUACGCAAGUAAACACUGAUGGUUCUGAACAGAUUUAUCCAACUGACCUUGAUCAGUGCACAGUCGAAGAUUUGGUUGCAGAGAGUAACGUGAAAACGCAGAUUCUUCAAGUGAAUGAUCUGCAGACUGCCCUGCAUGUUUUUGUCAAAAAGGAUGAUAAUAUGGCGUUUCACUCCUGCUUGCAGAAAAAUACUGAAGAUGCGAAAGUAAGAGACACUUCACACCACCAAUAUCUUCGUAUAGUAGAGAGUAACCCUGGUGGUUUAUACCCUUGUUAUAUAUACUAUCAGAUCGUGCUUUGA